GAAAGAAGUUCCCCACCUACAACCCUUCAACGCUGGAGAAAAUUUGUGACAUUGAGGAAGGAGAUAAGGAGUUGCAGCAGAGCUCAUGUGUUCCCAUUUUUAGAGGCUGGGGAAGAUCUGGGCAUGCACUGAAGUCCUCUGCCCACACAGUCAUCUCACUCCUGUUCUGCGUGCCAGGGUGGAGGGAAGACCCUCAGCACCAAGGGCAUUGUACCACUGCAGAUCCAGUUCCCUGCACAUCAGUGCUCCCAGCCUGGUUGCAGAACUAAUUAAUUGCUGCUAAAGGAAGACUUGUUUAAACCUGACACACUUAUGCUCCUUGCCUGCUCUGUCACAUAAAAUAUUGCCUUCUUUCAGCUUAAACCUUCAUUCCAGCAGGCAGGAUGGGGGGUACAUAAGUGUGCAGUGGCUGGUGGUGCCUUCUGGCUUUUGUGAUGUGCCAGGCUGAAUCCAGAUCAGCUCCAGCCUGUUGUGCCUGUGGUGGUGGGCCCCAGGCAGGACUGCCUGUCUGUGCUCAGUGGCUCUGGACACCUCUGCCCCACCAGCGUCCCUUGCUGGACCAGAGCCAUCCUGUGACACCACAAGUUUCCUCCAACGGCUUCCCAUUGGUGCUCUUCCAGAAGGAUGGAAUUCUUUUCUGGACAGUACAGGUCACACUGUUUCAAAGCUGUGUGAUCUCUUUGUAAAUAAAUGGAGCCAAAUUUAAUGUAAGAUGCCAUUGCCUUGGGUGAUGACUUGCAGUUUUGACCAUGAGCUUUUUAAGAAGGCAGUGUGUCUCCCUAGAACAUUUUUUUUCUUGAUUGAGCACCACACAUCCCUCCAUGAGAGAGGUGUGGCCAGACCGUGUUGGAUCAGUGCAGAGGUGUAUUUCCUAAUUGCAUCCAGACAAGACUUGAGAAAAGCCUGAUGUGGAUAAUGCAGUGGAGGCAGCGAAGGCAGCGUUCCAGAGGGGCUCUCCCUGGAGACAGAUGGAUGCCCCAAGCAGAGGACGACUCCUGCACAAACUGGCUGAUCUCCUGGAGCGGGACAGAGUCAUCCUGGCAACUCUGGAAACAAUGGACACAGGAAAACCUUUUCUGCAGGCUUAUUUCAUUGACCUGGAAGGCUGUAUAAAAACACUGCGGUAUUAUGCUGGAUGGGCUGAUAAAAUUCAGGGCAGGACUAUUCCAGUGGAUGAAAACUUUGUCUGCUUCACCCGGCACGAGCCCAUGGGUGUCUGUGGAGCCAUAACCCCAUGGAACUUCCCCCUGCUGAUGCUGGUUUGGAAGAUGGCACCAGCUCUGUGCUGUGGGAACACUCUGGUCAUCAAGCCAGCUGAACAAACUCCGCUCACGUCGCUCUACAUUGGCUCUCUGAUCAAAGAGGUGGGUUUCCCUCCAGGUGUGGUGAACAUUGUGCCAGGCUACGGCCCCACAGCUGGAGCUGCAAUUUCUACUCAUGACAGCAUUGAUAAAAUUGCUUUUACUGGAUCAACCAAGGUUGGAAAAUUGAUCAAAGAAGCUGCUUCUAAAAGCAACCUUAAAAGGGUGACGUUAGAGCUGGGAGGGAAAAACCCCUGCAUUGUGUGUGCAGAUGCAGACUUGGACUUGGCAGUGGAAUGUGCCCACCAAGGCGUGUUCUUCAACCAGGGGCAGUGCUGCACCGCUGCCUCCCGCGUCUUCGUGGAGGAGCAGAUCUACCCCGAGUUCGUCAAGCGCAGCGUGGAGUUUGCUAAGAAGAGACUGGUUGGAGACCCCUUUGAUGCCAGAACUGAGCAAGGGCCCCAGAUUGACCAAAAACAGUUUGAUAAAAUCCUGGAGCUGAUAGAAAGUGGGAAGAAAGAAGGGGCUAAGCUGGAGUGUGGAGGUCUUGCCAUUGAAGAUAGAGGCCUGUUUAUAAAACCCACGGUGUUUUCAGAGGUCACUGACAACAUGAGAAUUGCCAAAGAAGAGAUUUUUGGGCCAGUUCAGCCAAUUAUGAAGUUCAAGAGUAUAGAAGAGGUUAUAAGACGAGCCAACAGCACUGAGUACGGACUCACGGCCGCAGUGUUCACCAAGAACCUGGACAGAGCCCUAACCCUGGCUUCAGCUCUGCAGUCAGGAACAGUCUGGAUCAACUGUUACAAUGCGCUCUAUGCUCAGGCUCCUUUUGGUGGCUUUAAAAUGUCAGGCAAUGGUAGAGAACUUGGGGAAUAUGCUUUGGCAGAAUAUACCGAAGUGAAAACAGUCACCAUCAAACUCUCCCAGAAGAGUCCAUGAAAACAGGGGGCCUAAAAUGCUGACACUGAAUGUGACACAUGGGGGACGUGUUCAGAGCAAGGGGGAGGGGAGGAAAAUGGAAACACCUGUCUUUAUUCCUCUAGAAACACUGAAUCUACUGGACUUCAUUUUGCCAACUGGCUCUUCAAAAACCGAUUCACUGACCCUACUGGCAGUACACACUUGUACUCUACAAGUCCCUGGCUGUACUCCUGCCUGCUCCCUGUGACUCAAACACUGGUCAAUAACAGUGUUGGCAGGACAUCUGCUUCCAAACUACCCCUGAAGGACAUGGACAUCACUGGCAUGUUAGAGAGACUGCUGGUACCAUCAAAGGUACUGGCAAAUACCUUCAGAGGCACUUGGGUUUCCCUUGGCAGAGAUGGACUUGAGUGGUAAGGGUUAGAACAACUUGACUGGAGUUGGUGGAGUUUGUGUGAAGAUUAGAAUGGGAGUGCAAGCUUUCAUGGAAGCAUCUGUAAGGAAAUUCUCUUUGAAAGAGCUAUCAUGGUCUCUUUAAAGAUAUGUGCAUUCGCCAUCCUGGUGAUAUUCUAGCCCUGAAUGAGAUUUGUGGGAGUUUCCUAGAGGACUCCUUUGGGACCAGUAUGUCACCCAACAGAGCCAGAUUUUCAAGCGUCCUUGGAACCUACACACUACACAUGCUGCAAAUGCAAGUUCCUGACUUGCUGAUCCUUCUGGCUCCCAGUGAGUCACAGUUUUAUCUCAAACCUUCACUACAGCACUUUUCUCAAGAGGAUUUUGCACUGCACUUACUGUGGUGACACCAAGUUGGAUACUGAGAAUGUAGCGUGGUAGAUACCCCACAGGAAACACCCCAUACCAGUCCUGAUCUGGGGGAGGGAGCAGAAGAAACUGCAGGAAACUGUCCUGCACUCUCUUUCUCUGCAACUUUCAGGCUUUUUGAACAUCUCUUUGUUUUUUGAGCCAGGACUAUUACUGUGAGAGUAAAACUUGCCAGCUCUUCACACUGCUUCUUUAUCUUGUAUGAAUGUAGCUUAAAAUACAUUCCUGGAAGUGCAGUGUGAAAAGGCAGGUGCUCCCAAGCACACCUUGAGUGCUGAAGGAGGAGGGUGUUCAAGCCAGUUACCAUGGAAUAAGCUGUGGCUGGACUUCAGUCUGUCAACAGCUUCACAGCCAUUGAUCUUUUGAGUGCUGUCAUUUUGUGGCUA